CGGCGCAGGCUUCCCCGAAGCAAUGGAGGACCCCGGAUCUGAUGACGCAAUAGUUCUGCGCCCAUAACCCGGGCGCCCGGCGGCGGCUGAGAUGUUGUCGGGUCUAAGCGGCGGCUCCGGGCCGGAGGGGCUGGUGGUAGUGACAGACAGCCUGAAGUGUGAGGGUCGGAGUCUGAUCAAGAGUCUGGUGAAGAGUGCAGCUGUGCGGGGGGAGUGUAUCCACGUGGCCACCCUCGAGCUCUCGAUGUCAGAGUUCUGUGAGGGGCUGGACGAGAGCGUGAGGGCGAGGCUAAGGUUUGAGGAUGGUUUCAGCGACCCCCUACACUGGGAGCAGAGCGAUGCCCUCCCCCUGGAGCGCUUCACCGGCCCGGAGAUGGUAUCCCGGCUGGAAAUGGACCUGGGAUCAGCAGGAACGCGCUGGAUGCUCGUGCUGGAUUCCCUCAGCCAACUGCUCCAGGCAAGAGGGGCCACGACCCUCUGCCGAGACCUACACACAUUCCAGCGGAGAGCUGCCUCUGCAGGUUUGGGGACGGGGCGGGUGCUGGGCCUGCUCCACGCUGACCUGCACCAGCCCCAGGAACUGGAGGUCGUGGCCCAGAUGGCGAACGCAGUGGUGUCACUUACCCCAGUCCCCCAGGGUCACCAGUGCUGCCGGGAAUUUCCAGCACACGCCAUCGCCACCUGCUUCCACAGGAGAAAGUCAGGCAAAGUCCACAGGACGGUGGAGUAUUUCACAGUGGAGGACGGUCUCGGACUGAGGACUGCAGGGGUCCCAUUCCCAGAGGAGAUGCCAACAGAGACAUCGGUAAAGACGGACCCCACCGCAGACCUGACCUUCAACCUGCGGUUGACGGCAGAGGAGCAGCAAGCCCGCUCGUCCGUGCCACUGCCUUACCACCUCUCUCCUGCCAGGAAGGCUGCCCUCUUACAAGGAGAAGGCCGGGGAAAGAUUCACUACCAGCCCGACACCGGCGACGAUUUUGACGAGGAAGAUCCUGAUGAUGACCUGGACAUCUGAGGAAUCCCCAGGGCUGACACUCCGCCUCAGCCCCACUGUCACUGGGCUUCACCCUGGUGACCACAAUCAGAACGAAGAAACUGCAAUGAGAGUCCAAUGCUCACCGCUCAGAUCUCUGCUGACAGCUGCCCGCCGUUUCCCUGCAUCCUCGUCUCUGGCUCUGUUCCAAACUUCGGAACUUUCAGCCUCUUCCGGUGUUAAAUAAAAUAAUUCCUUUUUAUUAGA